AUGGGUAAACUUUUGCAGAAGAAGAAGGAGCGCUCCGGGCGCUCCAAGGCCCGCGCCAAGGACAAUCGUCUCAAGACCGGCCACAAGAAGAUCAAUGUGCUGGGCAAUCAGAUCAUCGCCGACAACUGGGAUCGCUCAUUGACCCUCACACAAAACUACCAGCGCCUUGGUUUGAUGCACAAGCUUAAUGCACCCUCUGGCGGCCGCGAACGUAUGCCCGCAAAGGACGAGGAAUUCCCUGAGAACCAGAACUCCCUGCACAUCCGUGGCAGCGCCAAGGCAGCUGCAGCCAAGCUUGAUCUCGGCGAGACACGAGUUGAGCGCGAUCCCGAGACCGGCGCAAUUCUGCGUGUUAUCCACGAUGACGACGACAGCGUGGAAGUGGCCGGCCGCCAGCGCUCGCGCAAGAACCCACUCAACGACCCUCUGAACGACCUCGAAAUCGAGAGCAACCCUCUUGCGGACUCCGAGAUUGUGAAACAGCUCGAGCGCCAGGCUGAUCAGGAGGGCAAGACUGUGCGUGCCAAGAAGCCGCGGUUCCAGAGCUCGCGUGAGGGCGAGUGGGCUCAGCGCUUGAUUGACAAGCACGGCGAUAACUUCGCUGCUAUGAUGCGUGAUCGCAAGUUGAAUCCUAUGCAGCAGAGCGAGGGUGAUUUGCGGAGGAGAAUUAACAAGUGGAAGAAGAGUCAGGAGUAA